CACCGCCCUCCCGAGGCUGCAGCGGGGCGCAGCACACCCGGCCACUCUCGCUCCGGCUUCCCGUCUGUAAACAAAUCUGUUCGCCGCCACAAUGGCUGGCGAAACAGACACUUUAUCCGCGAAGCGUUUGCAUGCGCUCACGCCGUCGUUCUCAGUGCACAUCAUGUAGCGAGACAGACGCUUCUUCUUUUUGUUGUUAUGGUGGUAAAGGUUUGGCAGCUCGGUAGCAGCUCGUAGUUUGGUUUUUCAAUACCGGUUAGACCUGUCAUCCUUUUUGGCCAAUGCUAUUUUAAUUUUUGCACUCGUCAUAUUUGCAUUAAAGCGACCUCGCUUGCAGCCGGCGGUAAUAAUUUGAAGGAACAUGACAUCGGCCGCGGAGCACGACCUGGCUCUGCACGAGGCGGACGGCAGCAAGGACAGGGCUCAGGUGUUCGGGGUUCUGAGGCUGCAGGAGGAGAAAGCUGCAGCCGUGGAGAAGGCUGGCAGCAGCACGGGGAGGGGAGCUGCAGGAGGAGGGGGAGCAGACGGCCGAUGGCAGGCUCCCAUCUUCGCUCUGGCUAGGAAAGCGUCCGAGACUAUUUCAGGGAGCAUUCACGUCCUGCCCAAAGUGUCGGAGCACAGGCCGUCUCUGCCGGGAGACUGGAGCAUCCAAGCCAUGCGAGACCCCAUGGCCAUGGAGCGAGCUAACCUGCUGAACAUGGCCAAGCUGAGCAUUAAAGGUCUGAUCGAGUCGGCUCUGAGCUUCGGACGAACUCUAGACUCAGACUACCCGCCUCUGCAGCAGUUCUUCGUGGUCAUGGAGCACUGCCUAAAACAUGGUCUUAGAGUGAAGAAAUCCUUCCUGGGUUUUAAUAAGUCUCUGUGGGGACCUCUGGAGCUGGUGGAGAAGCUGUGUCCAGAAGCAGCAGAGAUCUCGGCCUCUGUGCGAGACCUGCCGGGACUCAAGACUCCGUUAGGCAGAGCCAGAGCCUGGCUGCGUCUGGCUCUCAUGCAGAAACGGCUGGCCGACUACCUGCGACUGCUCAUCACCCGAAAAGACCUGCUGAGUGAUUUUUACGAGAAUUCAGCCCUCAUGCUGGAGGAAGAGGGAGCAGUGAUUGUGGGCCUGCUGGUGGGCCUGAACGUCAUCGACGCAAACCUGUGUGUCAAAGGCGAGGACCUGGACUCUCAGGUCGGAGUGAUCGACUUCUCCAUGUACUUGAAGAACGACAUUGAUGACUACAGAAGUGAGGAGAGGAACAGCCAGAUAGCAUCCAUCUUGGAUCAGAAGAACUACGUAGAGGAACUGAAUCGACAGCUGAACUCCACAGUUCAUGGUCUUCAGGGCAGAGUGGACUCUCUCGAGAAGUCAAACUCCAAACUCAUAGAGGAGUUAGCCAUAGCCAAGAACAACAUCAUCAAACUCCAGGAGGAAAACCAGCAGCUGAGGAGUGAAAACAGCCUGAUUCUUCUGAAGGCACAACAACAUUUAGAGGUGACACAAGGUGACGUGACGGUGGAGCGAGACACGUACAAAACAUCUCGUCAGGGUUUGGAUGAGAUGUACAAUGAGGCCCGGAGACAGCUGAAAGAGGAGUGCCAGCUCAGACAGGAUGUGGAGAAUGAGUUGGUCGUCCAGGUGUCGAUGAAACAGGAAAUGGAGUUGGCCAUGAAGCUGCUGGAGAAGGACAUUCACGAAAAACAGGUCGACAGACAUGACACAUUGAUCGGACUGAGACAUCAACUGGAUGAGGUUAAAGCCAUCAACGUGGAAAUGUAUCAGAAGAUGCAGUUUUCCUGUUUUCAGUCAUCCGACGAGGAGAUGAAGAAGAAGAACGACAUGAUUAGUCGCCUGGAGGAGAAGACCAAUCAGAUCAAUGCCACCAUGAAGCAGCUGGAGCAGAGAUUACAGGAGGCUGAGAGGCAACGCACUUCGGCCGAGGAGGGAACCAGGCGCUUCAAGUUGGACUUCGCCAACAAGGCCGACAGCCUGCAGCGGCAGAUCGAACACAGGGAGAAGCAGCUCCAGCAGUUGGAGACGGACCUGAAGAUAGAGAGAGAGUGGAGACAGACCUUACAAAACGAUCUGGGCAGAGAGAGAGAAACGGUGGCUCAGCUCAGCGCAGAAACGCUGCAGAUCAACGGGCUGAAAAAGGAGUUCCAUCGUCUUCAGGAUGAAAACCUCCAGCUGAAGAGCAUCUGUGAGGACCAGGAGCAAGCGCUGGAGGAACUGGGCUCCAAACUCAGCGAAUCCAAGCUAAAGAUUGAGGACAUCAAAGAGGCCAACAAAGCUCUGCAGGGAGGUCAGGUGUGGUUGAAGGACAAAGAAGCCACUCACUGUAAGUUGUGUGAGAAGGAGUUCUCCAUCUCAAGACGAAAGCACCACUGCAGGAACUGCGGGGAGAUUUUCUGCAACAGCUGCUCCGACAACGAGCUUCCCCUGCCAGCGUCUCCCAAACCAGUCAGAGUCUGCGACACCUGUCACGCGCUGCUGCUCCAGAGAUGCUCGUCCAACCCAACAUGAGGCCCUGCAACACUGCCAGGACACCUUGAAAACAAUCUCAAUUUAAGACUUGUAGAUAUCCAACCUGCAGCUCUCUGUAGGAUCAAUCUGUCAGUUUUUAUCGACAGGGUUUGCAAGGGGGUUGGACAACGUGCACAAAAAGAUUAUUUGGAUUUGCCUUUUGUAGUUUGAACAAAAUACCUCAGAGGCUGAAUGAGCAGCAUCUCAAUCAUUCUUACUCAUCUCCUUCUGCAGAGGAGUGUGUAUUUGACCACAAAUAUGAAGCAGUCAGCUUGAUGUGACAUGAGCUGCAACAUCCAACCUGGUAACAGGGGAGGCUAAACAAUUUUAUUGUAAAAAGUUAGUCAUAACUGAUUAAACUUUUUAUUUAUAGAAAAACUUAAGAGUCUGGGAAGUAAAUUAGGCAAUAGUCACACAAGCAGAUUCUUCUCUUGGUGAUCGUAGGAACCUUCAAAAAGAUAACAGGUUUUUGUUUAGGAUUAGUCGCAGUUCUGUCAUUAACUCAUGGUUUUGAGGAUGAAAGAGUCUGGCUAUAAAAUAAGGAACUGUUUAUCGGGCCGAAAGUGAAAUUGCACUUACUGCUUCUGCUAGAUGUGGACUGGUUUCUGAACCAAGGCUUUUGUUUCUCCUGAGAACCACAUCAUUAUAGUACAUGUGACAGACACAUGCAAAUAAAGAGCCAUAAAAAUGGCUUUAUAGUUUGGAUAUGAAGCACAGUUCCUGUUCCCAUCACAGAGUUUGAUUCCAGCACUUUCUUUUGAAUGAUAUGAAUACAAAUAGACUUAGCGUUUGAGAGUGUUUAAACAGAUCAAUUAACCUCAAACAGGCGUAAUUUUCUCUAAAUUAACCAGGAACUCCGUAGAAAUGUAUGAGAUUAUGAGAAAAAUGAUAAAGGCUCAUAGGUCACAUCUGAACUGUCACCGCUUCGUAUUUUGUGCUCAAUAAGUCACAAACUUUAAAACUUAAUUCCAGAGAAUUUGCAGGUCUGCUGACACUAGACGACUUCUCUGUGGGGUUGUGGCUUUCAAGAGAACUUUUUAUUAUAAAUGGUGCCAUGCAAGCUUAUUUAAAUGAAGUGGAUAUUAUUUCUCAUGCUGCCAAAAGUAACCCAUAAUUUUUACAGAAAGAAUUUCUGUAAAUCAUCAAAAUGACAUCCAAUGUUAUUUUUUUAAAGAGGUAGCAACACAAGCCAGGACAUGUACAUUAAAAGGCACAUUUCACUGUAUUUCACACUAAUGUUGCAGGUAGUGCUUAAAAAGGACCAAGGGGAACAAAUCCAGUCAGCAAGACUGGCUCUUGUGUUUACUGAUAACCUCUUCACCCACGAGUGGUUGUUGAGAACAGACUAAAAUGUUAAAGCUUGUGACAACUUUGCUACAAAGUUUGCCAACACUUGCCAAUCACUUUUGUGAUGAUGCACAUCAACAUGUUCCUGUGACAUUCAGGUAACUGUGAACGUGAAGUCAGUAGUGAUCCGAGGUUUUAGAAGAAUCUUGCUGCUGCUCCAUUCCUGACGGAAAAUGACACUCGAAGCCUUUUUUUUUUUUAAAUCAAAGAUUUUGUUUGUCCGUGGUAUUGAGUGAUGAGUCACGACACAUAUUACGGUCUUGCACUUACUGUGUUUAUAACCAGUUAUCUUGGAAUAACUGGAAGUAUUUGUUCCCAUUUGCAGUUUUAGUUUUGUCAUUUAGUGCAACAAAUGUUUCUGAGCUGAACCCAGGUCACUCUUGUGUACAGUGUUGAUCGUACACAGUUUCCACUUUUCUUUGGGAUUUGUACAGUGUUGAUAAAAUGAUACAUUGUAUAUAAUGUUCUUAAAAGGUUAAGCCCACUAAAUCCUUUUUCAUUUUGCCAACGGUCUUGACUGUAGCAGUUUCUGAAUAAAUCAAGCUACAAGCACGAA